AUGGCGAAUCCUCCGCCGAUGUUGUCCUGUUCACGACCCGCCUCGUCGCAUCCCCCAGCAACACACCAGCUGCACCUGCCGACCCCGAGUUUGCACGCAGAAACCCCCAUCCUGAACAGAUACUGUUGCCCGAUCGUCGCUUGCAAUCGCACCUUCGACAGCUACAUCGCCGCCUACUUCCACUUCUGCCACCACCAAGCUAGCCCAUAUGUCGUCAAGUGUCCCGAGGAAGACUGUCCAUUCGCCUUUAGGGGAUUCGAAACUCUAGAGAGGCACUGGGAUGUCAUCCACAACGAGGAUUUUCUGGUCUACAACUGCAUCGUCCCUGGGUGUGGUGUCGGUCACCCCUGUCACGAAGAAGUUGUCGAGCAUCUCGUUCGUACGCACGGAAUGGACCUACCCACUGCAAACACAAGCAAACAAGCAACCAUUGUGCGACGACAAGUCAACUGUCAAGACUGGUUUCUCGCGCGAGGAUAUCCACCGCCAGAUCCUUCUUUUGUCUAUCCCAGACGACCAGGAGCAGCACAGAGGCCUAGCAAAGAUUACAAAAACAGCCAACUCAAUCGAGACCUGCAGAUUCAGGAAGCGCAGCGAGCAGCUCUUACUGAGAUAGCCGAUCGUCGCGCGGCUACCCUGUAUCAUGCCACGAUUAGCAAAUCCCUUCCCAUCAGGAGACUCGUGCCUUCUGUCCAGAUGCCGCCGUUACUAGCAAAAGCCUUUCAGGAGCGGAUCGGAGGUCUUCAACACCACGACACCAAUCCGAAACCACCAUUAUCUCUUCGACAAUCAACAUUCUUCCAGAAAUCCUCCAUGUCGCAUCAUCAGCAUCAUCAGCAUCAUCAGCAUCAGCAGCACCAACAGCAUCAGAAUCAACAGCAUCAGAAUCGACAGCAUCACCAUCAACAUACUCCAAGCCAACAUGCCAGUGCCUCUAGUCCGAAAUGGGCGUCGCGAGUGCCUCUACCGAUUCAAAACAGACCCAUGCGCACCGACCCCCGAAGCGUACCGCAACUCAUCCGACUGGCCACUCCUCAGCAAUUGCUCACUCAUACCCCGGCGAAGAGGAAGCGUGGACGGCGUUCCAAUGCAGAAGUAGCUGCCAGAAAAGAAGCCGCUGCCGCCUCAGGACAGAAUGCAUUAGCGGUUGCUGACUCGACGACUCUGCCACCUGCGACGUCAGGAGGCUUGCUUUUGCGGCCUAAUACGCAAGAACAAGAUGUAAUGAGCGAAGCUGUCUCCGAUUCUGAGUAUGUCCAACAACGCAUACAGACUUCUCUUGCAAGCGGAGGGCAGAUUUCUGCAAGAGCCAGACCACCGGCUUCUCUACCGGUGCAGCCCAUGUCUGAUGUCGACGCUGUCAACAGAGCACCCGUACCUGGCAAUGCGAAGAAAGUCCGGCCCGCAGACGAUGCCGCUCAUGCUUCUACUCAAGCUCAAGCCGCUUCGUCAGUGAAGGCGAAGGGAAAGGCCCCAAUCGCAAACGAUAAAGAACCAGAAUCACUUGCCCCUCCAGCAAAGAGAGGUAGAGGUCGUCCACGAAAGAAUGCAGACAACGCUGGACCUUCGCAUGCACGCAAGCCAUCUGAAGAUCAGCCAGGGCCAGCUGCCGCUCAAGCAAGAUGGAAAUGGUCCGAGCCCGUCGAAGACAUCAUCGCGCUCAACCACCGAAGAUGGCUCCAUGCCUCAAGCGAAGAGCUCGAGAACAUCAGGCUGGCCAUCCAAGUGCGCGACGAUUGGCAACGCAUCAGCAAUGCUGAGAUCUGGAAGCACAUGACCGAGACGUGGCCGAGAGAAUGUCGUGAUUCGCCUGAGGUUGUAGCCAUCAGUCGGCAGCUCAAGCACUGGGCGUCGAGGACUGUUCCUGGAAUCAACCCCCGUCGUGCAGGUGGCUACAUGCGGGUCUGCCUCAAGAAAUUUGUCAAGCACUACCCGAUGAGUAUCUAUGUAGAGCCCAUGAGAUGGUUGCAAUGUUGUGCGCUGCCCCAGAUGGUACAGGUGAUUGCUGGACCGCCGGAAAAUGAUUGGAAGCCGGUGGUGGUGGCGAAGAAGGUUGUUUGUGAAAGAGGUGUGAUGAGAGGCAUAAAGGGUAUGGAUCAGGCGGACAUUGGUGGCGAUCGAGACCUCAGCAUCAGACGUUGCGAAUGGCUCAACCGGCGGUUUGUCUUUCUGCUCGAUACUUUCCGCAAGGCGUAUCCUUUCGUAGAGCAAAAACGCUUCCCCUUCCAAGCUCACUUCUUCAUAUCUCAAGUGUCUCCCACUUGGAAAGCAGCUCACUCAGUCUCUCGCCACCCUCCUGGCCCUGCGAAGCGGCAUAGUUCGGAAAAGCAGAACUCAUGA